AUGAGCAGUUGGAAGCGACGCCCAGCAAUUUCAUUCCCAGCCCCCGGAGAAGAACCAGUAAUAGGAUUCGAUUACAAAAUUGAUGUUCCACUUCUCUCCCCUAUUCAUCAGCAUGUUUUUCGACCAUCCAGUCUCCAACAGGUCGUAGACGAAACCCACUUCUCAAAAAAUGAGGUACGAGCAAUCUACAGAGCCUUCAAAGAGACAUCACCAAAUGCUGUCAUCAACAAAAAUAUCAUGAGAGAAAAGUUUGCGGAGCUUUUUCCUCACGGCGAUAUUGAACACUACUCAGACCUUCUCUUUGAAACUUUUGAUAACGAUGGAAAUGGAACAAUCAAUUUCCAAGAGUUUGUAAAAGCUCUCUCCAUUCUUUGUAGAGGUACUAUGGAUGAAAAAUUGGACUGGCUAUACAAAUUGUAUGAUCCGAAAGAAAAAGGGGAGAUCACUUGGGAUCGCUUGUUUUAUGUGAUCACCUCCAUGGAUGACUUAAUGGGACGACAUGCCAGACCACAUCAUUCAAGAGAGCAGAAAUGUGAACGUGCGAACCAAGUUUUUGCGAAAUUCGAUAUCGGAAAAAAAGGUCGGAUAACAAAGCAAGACUUCUUCCGAGUGUGCAAAACGGAUAGAACAAUCCUUAACUCAAUCACUGCCCUCUAUACUUUACUUCCUGGUUAA